GGCGGGCGCGCGGGGGCGGCGGGCGCGGCGCUGCCAAUCGCAGACAAAGGCCGCCCCAGUGAAUCAUGUGGUGCCGGGGGAGGAAGUGCGGCUUAUUUUCUUUCCUCCAGUCGCUGGGCUCUGGGUGGAGCGCGAUGCUCGGAGACCCCCGUGGGGGCGGCGGCGGCCGCGAGCCCCGAUGAAGCCCGAGCGCCCCGGCCGCGCCGUAGCGCCCCCGGCCCGAUGGAGGCCCCACCGUGGGACCCCCUACGCAACGACUCGCUGCCGCCUACGCUGACCCCGGCCGUACCCCCCUACGUGAAGCUCGGCCUCACUAUCGUCUACACCGUGUUCUAUUCGCUGCUCUUCUUGUUCAUCUACGUGCAGCUCUGGCUGGUGCUGCGCUAUCGCCACAAGCGGCUCAGCUACCAGAGCGUCUUCCUCUUCCUCUGCCUCUUCUGGGCCUCCCUGCGGACGGUUCUCUUCUCCUUCUACUUCAAAGACUUCGUGGCGGCCAAUGCGCUCAGCCCCUUCGUCUUCUGGCUGCUCUACUGCUUCCCCGUGUGCCUCCAGUUCUUCACCCUCACGCUGAUGAACUUGUAUUUCACGCAGGUGAUUUUUAAAGCCAAGUCAAAAUAUUCUCCAGAAUUACUCAAAUACCGGUUACCCCUCUACCUGGCCUCGCUCUUCAUCAGCCUCGUUUUCCUGAUGGUGAACUUAACCUGUGCAGUGCUGGUGAAGACGGGCACCUGGGAGAGGAAAGGGAUCGUCUCCGUGCGUGUGGCCAUCAACGACUCGCUCUUCGUGCUGUGUGCCGUCUCCCUGUCCAUCUGUCUCUACAAGAUCUCCAAGAUGUCCUUAGCCAACAUUUACUUGGAGUCUAAGGGCUCCUCCGUGUGUCAGGUGACUGCCGUCGGUGUGACCGUCAUCCUGCUCUACGCCUCCCGAGCCUGCUACAACCUGUUCAUCCUGUCGUUUUCUCAGAGCAAGAAUGUCCAUUCCUUUGAUUACGACUGGUACAAUGUGUCAGACCAGGCAGACUUGAAGAAUCAGCUGGGAGAUGCCGGAUACAUAGUAUUCGGAGUGGUCCUCUUUGUGUGGGAACUCUUACCUACCACCUUAGUAGUCUACUUCUUUCGAGUUAGAAAUUCUGCGAAGGACCUUACCAACCCUGGAAUGGUCCCCAGCCAUGGAUUUGGUCCCAGAUCUUAUUUCUUUGACAACCCUCGAAGAUAUGACAGUGAUGAUGACCUUGCCUGGAACAUUGCCCCUCAGGGACUUCAGGGAAGUUUUGCUCCAGACUGCUAUGAUUGGGGACAACAAACUAACAGCUUCCUGGCUCAAGUAGGAACUUUACAACCAGACUCAAUUUUGGAUCCUGACAAACCAAGCCAUGGGUAGCAUCAGUUAACAGUUAUAUGGACGAUGCCUCAGUUGAAAAUCUUCAGAAAGACUAAUUUAAUGACAGCUGAAUUUUUAGGGCACGUUUCCUUAAGAAAUAGGACUUGAUUUUUCUUUGUUACAGGUUUCUGAUGGCUCCAUAGGACUAAGCAAUAAUUUAGAUUGAUAAAAACCUUAUUUUAGUACUAAAAAGUGAGCCUGGCUGCCUGUUUCAGUGAGUAUAAUUUAAACUUCAAAAAAAUUCUGUACUUUUAUAAAGAUGUAUUUUAUAUAACUUAAUGCUAAAAUAUACUAGGAUUUUUUGAGAACGUUACUGCAAUAUAUGUUGUAGUUUGCACAGACUUUUAUGCAUAAUUCACUUUAAAAGUAUACAGUAUAUGGUCUGAUGGUUUUUUUUUUUUUUUUUUUAAAGGCUUUUGGACUAAAGUAUUCCUCAAAUCCUUACCUCUUCAGAUCGCUCAGAUUCUGGUAGACUCUAAGUACAGUUGACAUCUAGAAAGCCGAUUGCAGCUCCAGUGUUGAAAGUUACAAUGUAGCAGAAUGUCAACAGACUGCAUAGUAGGUAAAUUGGCUCCUUAAGAGUUGUUGGAGGCAUAGAUGGUUGGUUCCUCAGAAUCUCCUAAAUUUUGCCAAAAUUUAGUACUCCUUUCAACAGGGCACUAAUGUAUACCAUCAGUGAUAAGUUGAUAAUGUUAAUAAAAACAUUGAUAGAAUUGACUUACACUAUUAAAGUUCCUCUGCUGUAUUCAGAGACUUUUGCACAGUUUGUUAGCCCAGUGAAUCUAAUACCCAUUACCUCAGGACUUCAGCAAGACUGCACCUUUCCCAGCUCACUGAACAUUCAUUACUGAACAAUGAAGAGGUUCUCAACGAAGAGGUUCUCAAAAGGGGUUUAAUAACAGGUAACCCUGAGUCCUUGAGCCAAAAGACUAUGUGGAAUCCUAACAGUUUUCUUAUAGUUUCCAACCAUAUUUAAAAUAAUACUUUUUAUUUUUAAGUAGCUCUGAAAGCAGCCCACUGGAAGCUGCAUGUUUAAAAUGGUAGCAGCACUGCAGUAUCCUAUAGCAUGAGUCCUGCCUCUCAGCCAUGUAAAAGGUCAUUCCAGACAGCUGCUUCUAAGUUGUCUUUCAUUUAAGUGAAACACGUCAUGAAAUAGUAGUUCCCCAACCAUAAAUGCCAUUCUAAAAUCUCGAAGUCUAUAUAUAUACAUACAUAUGUGGCCUGCAGUUAUAAAACUGCCUAUAAUAGGAGACUGUACAUGGCUCUGUCAGGGAGGCUAGAGUACUAGAGGAAGUAUUGUUACCAGAAAGUAUCUUUCUGCUCUGCCUAGGAAAUCUCACAUCUCGGGACAGAGGGAGGGGCAGGUGAAAAAGAACUUAUAUUAGUAAGUUCUGCCCACGUGAUGAAACCCAUUUCUGAUGUCUUCCUUCCCAGUUUGGCCUUCAGGAAUAACUUGUCUCCGGGCACUGAUUUCACAGCGAUCAAGUCUGCUUCUCUUAUCUUGAUGGUAUUUAAAAAUCAGGAUCUCAAGUUUUCAGUGGGUCAUGAUUGGGUUUUUCACGUGUACCAACACCUUCACCCUGCAUAAUCACACACAACAACAUUCUUGCUUUUCAGUAUAUGGAAGAAUUUGGGUCAUGUAUUUAAAACAGUUACUGCCAGGGAAAAUUCUACACUGAAGCAAAAUUUGCACUGAUUAUUCAGGUUACCUUAAAAUAUUAUAAGUUGUUAUUCUAAAUAGCUUUAAGAACACCCUACUUGUCAUACUAUCUUUGUUAGUGAUACUUAGAAGAAUUUAAAGGCAGACUCAGCAAAUGCUUAAAAAUCCUUUAAAUCAUGCUUUCAGGAAGUACUGCAGUUCUUCAAUAUUAGGUCAAAACAUCAUGCAAUUAUUAUACUCAUCCUAUGACAUACAAAUAUCUUAUUCUUUUAUAAUUGGCAAGAAAAUUGAAAUACUCAGCAUUAACUGAUAAAAGCCAUAAUCUAUUUUUAUGAUUAAGCUGCUAGUAUUAUUUGAACUAUUAUUUUAUCAGAAAGGAUAAAAAUGUUCUAAGUGCCUAUUUUUCUUUUCUUCCCUUUUUGAAAAGUAAUGCCUUAAAGUACAAGUAAUGUAAACACAUCUAGAAUAUGAAAAACUAUGAUUGUAACAAACUGUCUCAUAGUAAAUGAUCAUGUGUACUCUGAAAUGUUGCAUGUAUGGUGUGGAAAGGAAAAUUAAAAUUUCCUCUAACUUCCUAAUUUACUUGUGUUGCCAACCAAGUACACUAACAAAGCUACUCCUAGGUGAAAUACUAAAGGCCAAGAGAAGGCAAGGAAUGGUGAUUACUGGUUCUAAAAUACCCAACUGUCCUCUUGUUUUAAGGCAACAUGAUGAAAUUAAAACUCCCAUAAUUUGAACGUUAAAAAAGUAUGGGGAAGUAUGGCAAUAUCACUGAAAAUUUUGUACCAUCAUUUAGCUAAGUCUGAUUCAACACUAAAAGGCUGCAUUGAAUGUUCCUGUGCAUCCACUGGAAAUAUGCAUAACAGUUAAUUAUGGAGUUAAUUGUCUAAAGAAUUCCAACUGAUUUGUGUACAGGCAGACCUUGGAGAUAACUGCAGUUUGGUUCCAGAUCACUGCAAUAAAGCAAAACAUUGCAAUAAAGUGAAUCACAUGAAUUUUUUUGGUUUCCCAGUGCAUAUAAAAGUUAUGUUUACACUACACUGUAGUCUACUAAGUGUGCAGUAGCAUUAUAUCUUAAAAAGCAAUGUACAUACCUUAAUUUAAAAAUAUUGCUAAAAAAUGUUAACCAUUAUCUGAGCCUUCAGCAAGUCAUAGUAGUAACAUCAAAGAUCAUGGAUCACCUUAACAAAUAUAGUAAUAAUGAAAAAAGUUUGAAAUAUUGGGAGAAUUACCAAAGUGUGACACAGAGUCACAAAGUGAGCAAAUGCUGUUGAAAAAAUG